CACUGGAGCCGCAAGCACAAUGCUAUGAGCAGCCGGACGGGGAAUAUUUGGAUGUUUUGAUGCGCGGUGACUCUUGCAGUCAGAAUGUGGACCUGUUCUCUUCCAGACAAUACCGACUGCUAGUCAUGGCCGACCUAUAUUUAUGGAUACGUCCACUGUGGUUGCAAUAAAAACACUGCACAGCCGUCUCCGGGGGACACAAACCGAAGCUAAAGCACUCUUUACAGAGAGACAGGGGCAGUGUUGAAUGCUGCAAUUGACUCCGACCCUCGAUAUUCUGUUACAUAUAACGGUUUUGUUGGUGUCGUUGUACAUUAGAGGGCACCGCUUUUUCUUUACUCUUUGCACUUUGGCAAAUGUAUGAGCCCGCUGUGUGUGAAGCUAGCGAAGGAGCCGAGCACGGCUGGUAAGAGGGAACCGUCACGGGGCAGCGGUACGGCUUCUUGAAACUUCAGUCAAGACAACAACAAACGAAGAUGAACAGGAAGAAGGAUAAAGGAUUUGAGAGCCCACGCCCCUUCAAAUUGACCCACCAGGCGGUGUGCAUCAACAACAUCAACUUCCAGAGGAAGUCUGUCAUCGGCUUUGUUGAGCUGACCAUUUUCCCCACAGUGGUCAACCUGAACAGGAUCAAGCUCAACAGUAAACAGUGCCGCAUUUACAGGGUUCGAGUCAAUGAACUUGAAGCCCCAUUCAUUUACAAUGACCCCACACUGGAGGUGUGCCACCACGAGUCCAAGCAGAGGAACCUCAACUAUUUCUCUAGUGCCUAUACAGCAGCAGUGAGUGCUGUGGACCCUGAUGCAGGACAUGGGGAGCUGGUCAUCAAAGUUCCCUCUGAACUCUGGAAACAAGGAGAUGAUUUGAAAGUUUUAAAGGUGUACAUAGAAUUUUCCCUGGACCAGCCAAAAGGGGGUCUCCACUUUGUUGUUCCUGAUGUGGAGGGCAGCAUGGCGGAGAGGGGAGCUCAUGUGUUUUCCUUUGGUUACCAGAACUCUACCAGAUUUUGGUUCCCCUGCGUGGAUUCCUACUCUGAGCUCUGUACAUGGAAGCUGGAGUUCACCGUGGAUGCUUCCAUGGUGGCAGUGUCCUGUGGCGAUCUGGUGGAGACCAUCUACACCCAUGACAUGAGGAAGAAAACUUUCCAUUAUGUCCUCCCCAUUCCCACAGCAGCUCCCAACAUCUCCCUGGCUGUUGGGCCCUUUGAAAUCCUCGUAGACCCCUACAUGCAUGAGGUGACUCAUUUCUGCCUGCCACAGCUGCUGCCGCUGCUCAAACACUCCAUGUCUUACCUGCAUGAGAUUUUUGAGUUUUAUGAAGAGAUCCUGACAUGCCGCUACCCGUAUUCCUGCUUUAAGACUGUGUUUGUGGACGAGGCCUAUGUACAAGUGUCCUCCUAUGCAUCCAUGAGCAUUUUUAGUACCAACCUGCUUCACAGUGCUAUGAUCAUAGACCAGACCCCACAGACUCGCCGCUGUCUGGCCCAGGCUUUGGCUCAGCAGUUCUUCGGCUGUUUCAUCUCUAGGAUGUCAUGGGCUGAUGAGUGGGUGUUGAAGGGAAUCUCAGGCUACAUCUAUGGCCUCUACCUGAAGAAAACCUUUGGAGUCAAUGAGUAUCGGCACUGGAUAAAAGAGGAGCUGGAUAAGAUUGUGGACUAUGAGCUCAAGAUGGGAGGGGUUCUGUUGCACCCAACCUUCAGUGGAGGCAAAGAGAAAGACAAUCCAACUCCCCACCUUCACUUCUCCAUCAAACACCCCCACACGUUGUCCUGGGAGUACUACAAGAUGUUCCAGUGUAAGGCCCACCUGGUGAUGAGGUUGAUAGAAAACAGGAUCAGCAUGGAGUUCAUGCUGCAGGUUUUCAACAAGCUCCUCAGUCUGGCUAGUACGGCCUCAUCCCAGAAGUACCAGAGUCACAUGUGGAGCCAGAUGCUUCUGUCUACUCACGCUUUCCUCAAAUCCAUCUCCAACGUCUCUGGCAAAGACAUCGGCCCGCUCAUCAAACAAUGGGUAGACCAGAGUGCUGUGGUGAAAUUUUUUGGAAGUUUUGCCUUUAACAGGAAGAGGAACGUGCUAGAGCUGGAGAUACGUCAGGACUACACAUCAUCUGGAACUCAGAAAUAUGUGGGUCCCAUCAAGGUGACAGUGCAGGAGCUGGAUGGGUCCUUCAACCACACACUGCAGAUAGAGGAGAACAGCCUCAAACACGACAUCCCAUGCCACUCCAAGAGCAGACGAAACAAGAAAAAGAAGAUCCCUCUGAUGAAUGGAGAGGAGGUUGACAUGGAUUUGUCAGCCAUGGAUGCUGACUCUCCUCUCCUCUGGAUCCGGAUUGAUCCGGACAUGUCCAUUCUGAGGAAGGUGGAGUUUGAACAGGCCGACUUCAUGUGGCAGUAUCAGCUGCGCUAUGAGAGGGAUGUAGUUGCACAGGAGGAGGCUAUCUCAGCGCUGGAGAAGUUCCCGACUCCUGCCUCCAGACUGGCUCUGACCGACAUCCUAGAGCAAGAACAGUGUUUCUACAAAGUCCGCAUGCAGGCCUGCUUCUGUUUGGCCAGGAUAGCCAAUGCCAUGGUGAGCACAUGGCAGGGCCCACCAGCCAUGAAGUCCCUGUUCACCAGAAUGUUCUGCUGUAAGAGCUGUCCCAACAUCGUCAAGACCAACAACUUCAUCAACUUCCAGAGCUACUUCCUACAAAAGACGAUGCCGGUUGCCAUGGCGUUACUCAGGGAUGUCCAGAACCUCUGUCCCAAAGAUGUCCUCAACUUUAUACUGGAUCUCAUCAAGUAUAAUGACAACAGGAAAAACAAAUUUUCAGAUAACUACUACCGUGCGGAUCUGAUUGCAGCACUGACCAACUCCCUGACCCCAGCCAUUAGCAUCAACAAUGAGGUGCGGACAGUGGACAAUUUAAACGCUGAUGUCCGUCUCAUCCUGGAGGAGAUCACCCGGUUCCUCAACAUGGAGAAACUGCUGCCUAGCUUCAGAAACACCAUCACUGUCAGUUGUCUGAGAGCGAUUCGUCAGCUUCAGAAGAACGGUCAUAUUCCCAGCGACCCAUCACUCUUCAAGUCCUACGCUCAGUAUGGACACUUUGUAGAUGUCCGCAUCGCUGCACUGGACGCUCUGGUGGACUAUACAAGAGUUGAAAGAAGUGCAGCAGAGCUGCAGUGGCUGCUCGUCAUGGUCCAGAAUGACCCAGUUCAUUAUGUCAGACAUAAGAUCCUGGGUCUGCUGUGCAAGAAUCCACCUUUCACCAAGACGACAGACUCCACACUGUGUAAUGAAGCACUGGUCGACCAACUCUGGAAGCUCAUGAACUCAGGUACCUCACACGAUUGGCGGCUACGCUGCGACACUGUGAACCUCUACUACACGUUGUUUGGUCUGACCCGACCUUCCUGCCUGCCGCUGCCAGAGCUGGGCCUCGUGCUUAAUCUGAAGGAGAAGAAAGCUGUGCUCAACCCAACCAUCAAGCCUGAGCUGGGGGUCAGCGCCGUUAUGGACACACCUGCCAGUAUAGGGAUCCACGGUGUCGGCAUGAGCUACGUAGCUGUGGAUGAAGAGCCAGAUCCUAUUUCGUUAGGGGUGUGUGGGGUGGGCCAGCCACCUCAGGGCCUGAAGAGGAAAGCUGAGACCCCGCUGGGCUCGCCUCCAGAGCCAGGGCAGGUACUGCAGCAGCAGGACGAUGAUGGGAGAGGAGGGCGCUUCAAGAUCAGGUUUAACACCAUGGAAGAUGAAGAUAUUGAUAUGGAGACUGUUCAUGAUAGUCAGGCCUUCAUCCACCACCACCUCAAUCUGUUAGAGAGACCCUCUACACCAGGCAAAGAGCCACCGUCGGUCGAACAGUCCAUGCUCUCCAUGCCCGCCACGCCGGUGCCGUCCUUCUCUAAAGAGACCACCUCUUCGUCCUCCAAACACGGCAGCGAGCACGGCCACCACCAUCACCACCACCACCACGAGCACAAGAAGAAGAAGAAGAAGCACAAGCACAAACACAAGCACAAGCACAAGCACGAAAGCAAGGACAAGGAGAAGGAGAGAGAGAGGGACACCUCGCACGCCUACAGCAACAGCCCAGCCAGUGGCAGGUCCCUGCGCUCGCCGUCUCUGUCUGACUAAACAUCUGUCAGGGUUAACGGGACACAUCCACAAAAAUGGAAACGAGAAAGAAAAAAAGAUAAGUAUGGUGUUCACGUGCUGUAAUGCUCAGAUACGUGGAAAUAGAGCAGCACACGCUGACUCUCCAGAGGAAACACACAGUGUAGUGUCAUUAACCCUCCAGAGGCGUCCUCGUGUCCUCCACACCACACUCACACAGCCUGCAGGACUUUGUGGACUUGUAAGUCCGCUUCCAGGCCAUCUGAGGCGUGCAACCACGUACACCUUUCCCCACAAACAAGUCAAUUACAGUCUUCAGCUGACCUCAUCCACCCGCCCACCUCCCCCUCUCUGGUGUGCCUCAUCCCCACAGCUCAGUCUCUACACUCAGUGAGUGGCUUCUGAGGGGGAAACAAGAUGGAUUGUAGUGUGGAUUUAACCCUGCUAUCCGGACUGGGCGUCCAGUGUCUAUAACAUCCUGCAGAGAGGACUUUUCCCCCGUCUGCCCACGUACUGUACUGUACCAUUAAAACUCAAAUAAUACUAGGGUUGUGUUUUUUUUUAAAUACUUUUUGUUUCCCAAACUGCCAUCAUUGAUUAAAGAUACUUUUACAUUCAUGGAUGGAUGUUUUUUUUUCUAGAUUGAUUCCAGCUCCACAAAGGCAUUUCUGAGUAGGUUUACUCUGGCACUGUUUCUUAGGAUUGAUUAGGUGGUUUUAAAAACAAUGAACUGAACAUGCAGAAUUCAAUGUUCACCAUUUAGGUAGCCGUGCCAGCAUCAGAGCUGUGGUUCAAAUGGUUAUGAAGCAAAUAAGACAAAACAUUCAAUUAAAGAUUCUUGACACAGGUUAAGUAGUCCUUACCAGCGUUUAUUCCCAUUUAGUACAUGUGACUUUCCUGUUCAGCACUUGUGAAAGUGGAUGUAAAAUCCCUUGUUGGGAUUGUAAACUGUUAAAAUGCAAGGUCCACUGGUUAGUUCUCUCAGACUGUGCUUCUUACAGUAAGACACAAACAGAAAAUGACAGAAAUGCAGAGGAAAGAGCGAGAACAGGUUAAAGUAGAAUCCCAAGGCUUUAUGGGUAAUUAAGGAUGUAACUCGUAUUUUCUAUGUUGUGAUUUCUGUUUCAGAUUUGUUUCUUUUUUAAAUAAAUUGAUUAAAAUCAU